AUGGUGCGACGCGCGAGUGUCGCAUUCCUCGCGCUUGUAACGACAGUCGGUUUGACAUUCUUAAAACACACAGUGAGCGCGACAGAAACGAGCAGAAGGAGCCUUCUACAAACAGAUACGUUUUCGUAUCAGAACACUGGCUUUUGCACGAGAGAAAACGUUUUAUAUGCGUCCGUAGGAAUCGGGUGUGGAGCACUUCGAGACUUCGCAGAGGAGGAUGAAGACAGAAAGAACGCGUGUUGUUUGAUUCUAAGCGAGUUGAACGAAGAAAAGUGCUUUUGUGAGAACAAAGUAGCUCCCAUCUUGCAGCAGUCUCAGGCGAAUUUCGUGAGCAUGUUCGUUUCGGCGUACGACGUGUGCAACGGGUUGGAGAUUUAUGGCGGAUGGAAAUGUUCAAAAUUUCCCAGACAGGCCUUUUUGCAACCGCCCCCGCCACCUCCAUCGGAUGAAUCGUAUCCACCAUAUCCUCCUUCGCCACCAAGUUCUCCAACUUCCUCAGAAACUCCUCCUCCGAGAACAGAAACCGUGGAUGUUUGCUCCAUCGCUUCGCAAAAUCCUGACUCUCUGCUCAAUCAAAAAUGCGACAAACUUCCGUUUUUGAGAGAGAAUUUUGAAGACAGAAACCCUCUGAGUUUGCUUUCGAGAUGUUGCGAGCAAAUUGAAGUUCUCAACAGCGCGUUAUGCUUUUGUGACGAACGAUUUCAAAAAGUCAUGAACGACAACGAACGCAAAUUUAGAGCUCUUUUCGCCGCCGUGCCCAUUAAAUGUAGAAAUACCGCGCGAAUGCAAAUAUAUUACGGCAGAGCGUGUUCUGCGUACGACGAUAUUGGUAUACCAAACAGUCCACCUCCACCACCGAGGUCGCCGCGACCGCCGAGAGCUUCUCCUGAUGUGUCCGCUCCAUCCUCCGCCGAAGAUUCUGCGAACGAGAAUAGAAACGAUUGGUCGAAUGUGAACGAAUCUGAAGAGAAUAACAAUCGAAACGAUCUUUUUGGUUACUGGCGAAAACCAGGAGGGCAAAUCUUCAAUAGUGGAUAA